AUGGUUGAGAGCUUCCGCUUCUUUCUGCUCACCGCCUUGCUGGGCGGCUGGCCCCACUUUCCCUGUCCAGCUCUCCCGCGCCCCUCCCUCCCGGGCCUCCCGCUGACUGAGCCCCUGUUCUCCCCUGUAGGAGGCUUCGAUGCCUUCCAGGCCUGCUGUCCCGACCUGUGCUCCGAGUCCCCCGCCCCAGCGAUGCCUCCUGCUGGGGCAGAAAGCAGCCGCUCAGACCCCAGGGUUCCCUUCUAUGACCAGGGUGGCCCUGUGGAGAUCUUGCCCUACCUCUUCCUGGGCAGCUGCAGCCACUCAUCAGAUCUGCAGGGCCUGCAGGCCUGUGGCAUCACCGCUGUCCUCAACGUCUCCGCCAGCUGCCCCAACCACUUCGAGGGCCUUCUGCGCUACAAGAGCAUCCCGGUGGAGGACAACCAGAUGGUGGAGAUCAGCGCCUGGUUUCAAGAGGCCAUAGGCUUCAUCGAUUCUGUGAAGAACAGUGGGGGCCGGGUGCUGGUGCACUGCCAGGCGGGCAUCUCCCGCUCUGCCACCAUCUGCCUGGCAUACCUCAUACAGAGCCACCGCGUGCGGCUGGAUGAGGCCUUUGACUUCGUUAAGCAACGCCGGGGGGUCAUCUCCCCCAAUUUCAGUUUCAUGGGGCAGCUGCUACAGUUUGAGACUCAGGUGCUAUGUCACUGAGGUGCACACAGCUGUGGUUCCAGGGGAGCUGACCUGGGACAGCUAGGCUGUCCUUGGGGGCCCCGCAGCCUCACCUCAGGGAGAACUGCCCCUUCCUCGGAGUUUGGAAAGCUCCCAGGUAGGGGCGCUGGAAGUACAGGAAUGUGGACUCUCACCUGGUGCUCUUCUGCUAGGGGUCUGAGGGCUGGCCCUCAUCUGGGGACAAGAGUGAGGGUUUGUCUACUUCCCUCCUCCCCCAUCCUCUGGCAGAAACUAACUGGACUUUACACCCAUGGACCCAGUGGCCCCACCACUGUGUUGAAGCCCUUGGCAGCCUGAGAGCCCAAGGGACAAGCUGUGACAACCAGGAGUCCCAUGUAGGGUGGCGCACCCCAGGGCCUGGAGCCUGAGCCCCCUGCUCCUAGGGAGCUGGGCUUGGAGAACAGACGCACCCCUUGUGUGGACCUCUUGCUUGCGUGUGUGUAUUUGAGCAUUUCACGCCCUGUUGGAGCUGGAAAGUUAUUUGUGUUCAACUGAUAUUUAACACUCCCUCCCCUACUUCCUCCCGCCCCGUGGGCGGGGGUUGGAAACUUAGCACUUUAUAUUUAUACAGAACCUUGAGAAUAUGCCAAUAAAAUAUUGUUUUGUUUAAAAAAACAACUUCGCAAGCAUCUGGUCUUAAGUCAAUGUCUGGGGAAAUGUUCAAAAGCUGUUUCUUACUCAGGGCUCACCUUCCCUUGGCAAGGCACACCUCGGUGGGGCAGUGGAGGUUUAUUUUUGGAGAUUUGGGCAAUUUGGUUGUUUUUAUUUAUAUAUUAGCUUGGCAGUGUAGUUGGAUGGUUAGGGGCCAGUUUGGCCUCACCUCGCUGUGUUUCUAUAUCCUUGUCUGUUAAAUGGGAUUUAUUGUUAGUCCCCACCUGUUAGGGUGGCGUUGAGACUUACACAAGUGAAUUGUGUAAAGCUCCCGCACCUGCGCAUAGUAGGUGAUCAGGAAGUGUGAGCUCCUGGUGGCCCAAGAGGAAAGGUUUUCAGAUGUGCAGUUGUGCCUCUCAACCAAGCUGGAUGCCUACGAGGGUGGGGCCUACGGUUUGCUCAGCCUUGUGCCCAGAAUCUGGCACAGAUGGGCACUCACUCCACGAGGCAGCAUGGGGGUGAACAGCCUGCCCCUGGUGCCUUGUUUGCUCUGUUCCCUGGUGAGAACCGCAGAGCUGGGAUGGCUAUCAGGGCUUCCUCAGGCCGUGAGUGGGCUUCCGUUUGGACCUGCCCAGAAUGCCAUGCCCAUUUGGGAUAGUGGGGGCAGCUGGGGCCCUGAG